AUGAUUGUCACAUCUGACAAGGUUUCUAACGAUUGUAGCAGAGGCGACAGCACAAAAUGUAUCGAGUAUGAGCACCGAGAGGAGGCCACGGAGAUUAGUGCAAUUAGCUCUGGAGGCCUUCAUCGACGCCUCAACAACCGCCAUAUCCAGCUCACAGCCAUUGGCGGAACUAUUGGAACUGGCCUCUUUAUCAGCAUCGGUGGCGCGUUGGCUACGGGUGGGCCGGGCAACUUGCUACUUUGCUUCCUGGCCUACUCCUGCGUCAUCUCCCUGGUCAAUAACUCGGCGGCAGAGAUGGUGACUCAAAUGCCCAUCUCAGGAGGUUUCAUUCGUCUGGCCGGGCAUUGGGUGGACGACGCACUCGGUUUCGCCGUCGGUUGGAAUUUCUUCCUCUACGAAGCCCUCCUGAUUCCCUUUGAGAUCGUGGCGUUGAAUGGGGUGACAUCUUACUGGGCACCGGAGAUCGCUCAGCCAGGUCCACUUGCUGGGUUUUGCUUGGGUGUCAUCAUCUUCUACGGUCUUCUCAAUAUCGUAGCUGUGUCCGUCUUUGGAGAGGCCGAGUUCUGGCUCUCUGGCGGCAAAGUCAUCCUCAUGUUCAUAGUCUUCGCCUUCACAUUCAUCACGAUGGUUGGUGGGAACCCUCAAGGUGAUGCAUAUGGGUUCCGCUAUUGGAACAACCCCGGUCCUUUCGUUUCGCAGGCGGCUUCCACCGAGGCUCUUGGCCAGUUCGAAGGUUUCUUGAGCGUGCUUGCGGUUGCGGCUUUCAUCAUCGUCGGGCCUGAUUAUAUCACCAUGAUCGCUGCAGAGGCUAAACACCCAACCAUCUACAUCAAGACAGCCUUCAAGACCGUCUACCUCCGUUUUGGCAUCUUCUUCAUCGGCAGUGCGCUCGCCGUCGGCGUGGUUCUCCCCAGUAAUGAUCCGAAGCUGCAGCAAAUCUUCAUCAACGGCGAAGGCUCCUCAACCGCCGCUGGCUCUCCGUACGUCAUCGCAAUGAAAAAUAUGGGCAUCACCGUCCUGCCUCAUAUUGUGAACGCUCUCCUCUUCACCAGCAUUCUCUCUGCUGGCAACACAUAUACAUACUGUUCGGUGCGUUGCCUGUACGGCCUUGCAGUCCAGGGACACGCACCUCCUUUCCUCAAAAGAUGUACAAAGAAGGGCAUUCCUAUCUAUUGCUUCCUUGUCACCAUGCUUUUCCCAUUCCUAUCCUUUCUUUCGGUUAGCAAUGGCUCCGCCAAUGCCCUCAAUAUUCUUCUAUCAGUCAUUGCUGGCGGCGGGCUCGUAAACUACGUCGUCAUAUCGAUUACAUACCUGCGCUACUACAACGCUUGCAAAGUCCAAGGCGUCACUCGCAGGAAUCUGCCCUACUAUGGAUACUUCCAACCCUACGGCGCUUGGAUCUCCUUGGUUCUGGAAUUCCUUGUGGCCAUCGGCUACGGCUAUAGCGCUUUCACGCCAUGGAGUCUCCAAGGCUUCUUUGCUAAUUAUACGAUGCAGCUUCUCGCCCCAAUUCUCUAUAUCUUCUGGAAAGUGGUCAAAAGGUCCAAGCUGAAGGAAGGCUCUGAAGUCGAUCUCGUGUGGGAGCGGCCAGCGAUCGAUAUCUACGAAAUCCAGGCGAUGAUUGACGAUCCACCGAUCUCUUUCUGGAAGGAGAUAGGCACGAUUACAGGCAUGAACCGAGCCUUGAGAUAUUUCUUUAAAUCGUCAGAUCGAUCCUAG